CUAUCACUUCCAUCAGGUUAAUAUUCUUGGCGUUUUACUAUUACUCUUGCUGCAUUUGAUUUCAUAGAAUCACCAUUGACACUCUCUUACGCUCAUACACUCGUUCUCACGCACAUCACAACCAACACGUUUUCUCUCUUAGCCUCCGUCGUUUCCACUUUCAGAGAGAACCCAAGCUCUCAGGUUCUCCCUUCUCUCCGUUUAUCGUCUCAUGGUUGAUUGUUGAAGUGAAUCACAUUUUUGGAAGAACAUAAUAUUUUAUUUUUAUUCCACCAGUCUUUAGCAAUGAGUUUUGGAGCUUGCACAGAGCUACAACAUUAUCUUGCAGUAGCAUCAGUUAGACCUAAUUUUGGAAAGUGCAAAUGCAAUGCCAUAAUCAGCCAAUGUUUAAGCAAUGCAAACGAUGGUUACAGUGGCGUAUUAUCAACUACGCGGUCAAAGGUGAACGAUAAAAGAAUGGUUGCUGUUAGAGCUGGUGGUAAAGGUCUUACGUAUAAGGAUGCUGGCGUUGACAUUGACGCUGGUUCAGAACUUGUUCGUAGAAUAGCAAAGAUGGCUCCUGGUAUUGGAGGCUUUGGUGGUUUAUUCCCCCUUGGUGAUUCGUAUCUCGUUGCCGGUACUGAUGGUGUGGGGACGAAGUUGAUGCUUGCUUUUGAAUCCGGCAUUCACGAUACUAUUGGAAUUGAUCUGGUUGCGAUGAGCGUCAAUGACAUUGUUACUUCAGGGGCAAAGCCAUUGUUUUUCCUUGAUUACUUUGCUACUGGUCACCUUGAUGUGGAUGUUGCUGAACAGGUUAUAAAGGGAAUUGUUGAUGGUUGUAAGCAAUCUGAUUGCGCUCUUUUAGGUGGAGAGACUGCAGAGAUGCCUGGUCUAUAUAAAGAAGGCGAGUAUGAUCUUAGUGGCUGUGCCGUUGGCAUCGUAAAGAAGGAGAAUGUAAUUAAUGGGAAGAACAUUACGGUUGGUGACAUUAUUAUUGGUCUGCCAUCCAGUGGAGUUCAUUCUAAUGGCUUCUCACUAGUAAGAAGAGUACUUGCCCAAAGUGGUCUUUCCCUGAAAGAUAAACUUCCAGGUGGUAAUAUUACAAUCGCGGAAGCUUUGAUGUCCCCGACGACUAUCUAUGUUAAGCAGGUGCUUGACAUAGUUAGCAAGGGAGGGGUAAAGGGAAUUGCCCACAUCACAGGUGGUGGUUUCACAGAUAAUAUACCACGAGUUUUUCCCGAUGGUUUUGGUGCACUUAUAUAUGAAAACUCGUGGGAAAUUCCUACCGUGUUUAAAUGGCUUCAGGAGGCUGGAAAGAUAGAAGACUCAGAGAUGAUGCGAACUUUUAAUAUGGGCAUUGGGAUGGUCCUUGUAGUUAGUCCAGAGGCAGCUAAUGGCAUUCUUGAAAACAGAGGUGAUACAGCGAAAGCCUACUACCGCAUAGGCGAAGUUAUAAGUGGAAAGGGUGUGACAUACAGUUAAUUCUCAGAUUAAGUUUAAUCAUGUUGUACUAUUUAAUACUUUCAUGGAAAAAUUAUAUUUCAUGUUAGUUUAUCUAUCUGGGACCUUAAUAAUUUUCCGUACAUAAAUGUUAGUUAUGGAACUAGCAACAAUUUUGUUGAUUUGUAGCUGAGUUGUUAGUGAAAAUUAUUUUGGUUUUGGUUCUAAUGUAACCCAUAAUGAUCAUCAGGGUCAUUAAAUUUAAUGUAAACCUAAAAGAACCCAUAGUUGAUGUACUCUUAUGAAUAAUCACAAAAUUGCUACAAUGUUUUUGCA